UUUCCACCGCUUUGGCACGUGCAGCAGCAGCAGCUUUGGCAUUGCUUUGGUGGCCAAUAAGGCUGGCGGAUACUGGAACACUGCCAUGUUCGUUAAGGGCCUUUCUUUCGGGUCAGGGACAAACAAAUUCUGGGCCACACCCAAUCCAUCUUCCGGCGCUCCUCCCCGCGGGGGGCUGGUUGCCCGCUUCUACGCCAUUCGGGAUCUCGACGGGUCCCUCCUCGGCCAAUCAGGCUACGCUGUUGCCAACUACGACCCCAUCCUGCCGCCCGCAGCCGUCCGCGCUUCCAAAUGCUCCUAUAAGAGCGCCUUCUCAGCGUAUUCGUGCUCCUCGGUCUGCUACCGAUCCAUCGGGUUACAAUACGAUGAGUCCGGGGCUGGCCCGAGUGCCACCGGCACGUCGGGCACUCCUAGCGCGGUCAUCCGGCCAUAUUCCUACCUGAAAAUCACGAGAACAGACGACGGGACGAUUUUUUACGCGUACGGGACGGAUAAUGACGACCCGAAUAGCGGCCCGGCGGGCAGUGGAAAAAAAACCCGGUACUUAACAGCGUCGCUUUUAGCCGGGUAUACUUACCGGAUCGAGGUGGUUCCGGCUGAGACUAACAGCAAUUUUUACCCGAGUAAAAUGCAGCUGAACGUUUUCGACUGGCAGGGGUGUUCGGGGCCGGUUACCCUGGUUAUCGAUACGCCAAAUUCGAGAAGCAAAUGGCUAUCGAGCGCGCCUACAGUGCCGUGCUCUUCCGUGGACGCGACGAGGGUUUAUAAGGAGUACGCGUGUGGGAAUGGGAAGGCGCGGCUGCAGCUUGAUGUGGGGGCGAGCACCAGCGGCAAGGGACUGACUACAAUGGACCUCGAUAGCGACACGACUACCUCGUGCUCUUCUGACUCUGCCUGUUCUGUCAGCACCUCGUCUCUGCCGCCCCUCUCCGUCUCGCCUCUGGGCGGCACCGAGUCGUCCUUUUCCUCCGUAGACCCGUUUUUCGACCCGAGCUUCUACGAGCCUGGUACAGGCAGCAGCACAGGCAGCAACACUGGCGCCAGCACAGGCAGCAGCACAGGCAGCAACACUGGCGCCAGCACUGGCAGCAGCGGCACUCCUGACAGUAGCACCACCCCUUUCAGCAGCAGUGUAGGCAAAUUCCAGUCUUACAUCCCCAGCCGUGGCAGCACCAGUAGCAGCGGUGGUGCUUAUACUGAAAACGGCGAUGAUGACUAUAGUGAGAACGUAUUCAUUGCAGGCAGUGGCACAAACAGUGCAGGCAGUAGUAGCAUUGCAGGUGCUCCUGCCCCCCCUCCUGCUCCCUAUCCUGCUCCCCCUCCAGCAGCAGCAGGGAGAAAUGGAGCAGCAGCAGCUGCAGUUGCAGACACUGCAGGAGUAGCAGUAGCAGCACAGGCAGCAGGGGAAGGAGAGGCAGCAAGGGAGCUGUUUAGCAGAAUGCUGCUGAGAAAGGCUGCUCCUGCUCCUGCUCCCCCUCCCCCUACCCGCCGGCGCUAGAAGCUGAUGUGUGUUUCAUUCCACACCACGGACACACCAGGGACACAUCAGGGACUAGGACCGAGUUAUGCCACAUACGUGGUAGGACUGGUCUGCUGUAUUGGGGGGAGGGGAGAUGGGGGGUGAGGGGGGUGUAGCAGUGGAAGCAGGAGUGACGGUAGAUGGCUGGUGUAGUGCGCUGCAGUAUCUCAGCGUGAGUUGUGGCAGGUUCACUGUUGCUUCCACUGUACCAUCCUGAUAAGUUUUUUUGCUUCUGGUAGUGUAGUUCAUUCUCGCUCUCAGCCUGCUGCUGUGACAAGGUUUUUGAAAGACUAUAAGGAGAAUAACUGUAAAGAGGAACG